CCGUGCAGCUCUGCAGGGUUUCUCUCCUGCCAGAUAGUGAGCAUUCCUUGGUCCCCAUAUGCUGCCACAUUGUGAGCCGCCCUGCCUGUUGAGGUUCUAGGGGACCUUUGGCAGUGGUCAGCAGGGGGUGCUGUGGAUUACUCGGGUAUUGGUACUGCGUAGUUCGAAGGGGAGUGAAUUGGGGCCCCUGGGAACCUGAGGGGGAGGGGCUACGAACCAAGAACUGACAGCUUAUUAAUACUUGGAAUGAACACUUCCUGUGCUUGUGGGGUGAUCAGUAUUCUGAAAUAAUACUGUCAAUACAGAGGUCACUGUCAUUAAGAACUUGGGUUGGAAUUUAAUCGUCUGUGAGACAACUGCUUGUACAGUGGCUGCUCUGAGCUUUCUACGGUAUUGAAAGGAGAAGGCCCUUUGGGCUCCUUUCUCCGCUCCACAAACGUUUCCAAGCUGGCGAUGUCGCGAGUUCCAAGUCCCCCUCCCCCGGCUGAGAUGUCCAGUGGUCCCGUGGCUGAAAGCUGGUGUUAUACUCAGAUAAAAGUUGUGAAGUUUUCAUACAUGUGGACAAUCAAUAAUUUCAGCUUCUGCCGAGAGGAAAUGGGCGAAGUGAUCAAAAGCUCUACAUUCUCAUCAGGAGCCAAUGAUAAACUGAAAUGGUGCCUACGGGUAAAUCCUAAAGGUUUGGAUGAAGAAAGUAAGGACUAUUUGUCUCUUUAUCUGCUGCUAGUCAGUUGUCCAAAAAGUGAGGUGCGCGCCAAAUUUAAAUUUUCCAUCCUCAAUGCCAAGGGGGAAGAGACUAAGGCGAUGGAGAGUCAGCGGGCGUACCGCUUUGUCCAGGGGAAGGACUGGGGUUUUAAGAAGUUCAUUCGUAGGGAUUUCCUGCUUGAUGAGGCCAAUGGUUUGCUCCCGGAUGACAAGUUGACACUGUUUUGUGAGGUCAGCGUGGUCCAGGACUCUGUAAAUAUCUCCGGUCAGAACACGAUGAACAUGGUGAAAGUACCAGAAUGUCGCCUAGCUGAUGAGCUCGGAGGGUUAUGGGAGAACUCUCGCUUUACAGACUGCUGCUUGUGUGUGGCCGGUCAGGAAUUUCAGGCGCACAAAGCCAUCCUUGCAGCCCGCUCUCCGGUGUUCAGUGCCAUGUUCGAGCACGAGAUGGAAGAGAGUAAGAAGAAUCGUGUGGAGAUUAAAGAUGUGGAGCCAGAUGUCUUCAAGGAAAUGAUGUGCUUUAUAUACACUGGGAAAGCAUCCAACCUUGACAAGAUGGCUGAUGAUCUCCUGGCUGCUGCAGACAAGUAUGCUCUGGAACGUCUGAAGGUGAUGUGCGAGGAAGCUCUGUGCAGCAAUCUGUCUGUGGAGAACGCUGCCGAGAUUCUGAUUUUGGCCGACUUGCACAGCGCCGACCAGCUCAAGACUCAGGCCGUGGACUUUAUCAACUACCAUGCAUCUGAUGUCAUGGAGACGUCGGGAUGGAAGUCUAUGGUGGUCUCCCAUCCACACCUGGUGGCAGAAGCAUACCGUUCCUUGGCAUCAGCUCAGUGCCCGUUCCUGGGCCCUCCUCGCAAGCGCCUGAAGCAAUCCUAAAACACAGCUCUUGUACAGAUAAUCCACUUUUGAUCUGGAGCCGCUCUCGCCUCUUCCUCAUCGCAUGAGAGACUCUGGUGGGGGAGGGGCUGAGAGAGGAGGUUUCUAUCUUUACCUCCCCGACAUUGUGUGUGUUGCCACCCUACUCUCCUUUGCCACGUGGCCAGACUGAGCUUUCUGUCUCCCGUAUCCUGUGAGGAGCGGGGAGCAUAAACAGACUUGCCCUCCCUGCGGAUGUGUUUCCCUAUUGGAAUUUUACCUUAAUUUAUAGGGCUGGAGAGAAGUUCCCGAUCUCCAUGGAGGACUGUUGGAGUUCAGACGUUCAAGGGCUGGGACUGCGAGCUUUCCACAGCUGCCCUCCGACCCCAGGUUUUUUUGUGAGGGCUGCUUUUUUUUUUUUUUUAAUAGCCUUUUAAUUUAGCUUUUAAAAUCUUUCCAUAACAUUAGAGCAUCUCCCGUAUUCAGUCUGUGGGGAUGUUGUGCCUCCUCUUCGAGUCCUCAUUUCAUGAACUCCUACUACCCCCAUCGCCUCUUGUACGCUCACAGCUUAUGCCAUGUUACAAAACAGGAAUAUUAGUUUGGCUGGGUCGUAACUUAGGUGAAUAUAUAUGCAGUUUUUUGGCCAAUAAUUGGUAAGAUUAAUUAAGACUGAAGCAAAAAAAAAACUUUUGGGCUCUACCGCCCUUUCUGAGAGUGCGUCUGGCAUUGAGAUGCCGAAUCCAGCAGUGAGAACCACGGACCCUUUGAUAUGACUGUAUUGUUCCCAUCUUUGCUUUGACCUUGUCCUCUUGUACCUGCAGGAGCUACUGUGUUAUGUCGUGAGGCUCAGCCACUGAUGCUUCAAAGCCAGUAGAUUUCUAUUGUUUUUGGAGACCAUAAAAUAAUUCCUCUUUUCUAUUGUU